AAAGAAGGCUGCGGCUGGCGCAAUACCAAAGGCGUGGGCUUCAUGACCACCGGGGACACAGACGGCGAGGCCAAGUUCGGCGAGUUCCCCUGGAUGGUGGCUAUCUUGAAAAUCGAGCCAGUCAACAACAAUGAGCCGGGCGGUCAACAGCUCAACGUGUACGUUGGGGGAGGCUCCCUCAUCCAUAUGAGGGUAGUUCUCACCACAGCCCAUUACGUGGCCAAGGCUAACAAGCUCAGGGUCCGAGCUGGAGAGUGGGACACGCAGACCACGAAGGAAAUAUACCCGUAUCAGGACAGAGAUGUGGAUUCUAUCGAGAUCCACAAGGACUUUAAUGCAGGUAUGCUUUUAAAAGAAGGCUGCGGCUGGCGCAAUACCAAAGGCGUGGGCUUCAUGACCACCGGGGACACUGACGGCGAGGCCAAGUUCGGCGAGUUCCCAUGGAUGGUGGCCAUCUUGAAAAUCGAGCCAGUCAACAACAAUGAGCCAGGCGGCCAACAGCUCAACGUGUACGUCGGGGGAGGCUCCCUCAUCCAUAUGAGGGUAGUUCUCACCACAGCCCAUUACGUGGCCAAGGCUAACAAGCUCAGGGUCCGAGCGGGAGAGUGGGACACACAGACCACGAAGGAAAUAUACCCGUAUCAGGACAGAGAUGUGGAUUCGAUCGAGAUCCACAAGGACUUCAAUGCAGGCAAUCUAUUCUACGACAUCGCUCUCCUCUUCCUAAACAAGCCCAUGGACCCGGCGCCCAACAUCGGCGUGGCUUGUCUCCCGCCUCCCAAACGACUGCAGACCGCUGGCACCAGGUGCUUCGCUUCGGGCUGGGGGAAAGACAAGUUCGGGAAGGCUGGGCGGUACCAGGUUAUUCUGAAGAAGGUGGAACUCCCAGUAGUUAAGCACAGCACAUGCCAAGGUCUCCUGCGGAAGACGCGUCUGGGCCGUUUGUUCGAACUGCACAGAAGCUUCAUGUGCGCUGGUGGUGAAGCUGGUAUUGAUACUUGCAAGGGAGAUGGAGGUUCUCCGCUCGUCUGUCCUAUGGAGGUACGUCAAAAGAAAGAAAGAAAAAAA